AUGGCCGUCUUACACGCUUACGACUACAUCUUCUACAUUACCGCCAUCUUCGCCUUUCUCGAUGCUUGGAACAUUGGCGCCAACGAUGUCGCCAACUCCUUCGCCUCCUCCGUCUCUUCGCGCUCUCUUACGCUCAAGCAAGCAAUGCUGAUUGCUUCUGUUAUGGAAUUCACAGGUAGCACUGCGGUUGGCUCCCGUGUCGCCGACACUAUCCGCACCAAGCUCAUAGAUCCUCACCAGUUUGAUGGAUCACCGCAGGUUCUAUUACUUGCCAUGAUGUGCACCAUCAUAUCAAGCUCAGUAUUUCUCACUGUCGCAACCCGCUACGGCAUGCCCAUCUCGACGACACAUGCUGUUGUUGGUGGUUUAAUAGGAACAGCAACAGCAUCUAUCGGCAUUGGCAAGGUCAGUUGGGGAUGGCACGGCGUCACCCAAAUAUUUGUUGCCUGGCUGGUUGCUCCCAUUAUUUCUGGGUGCUUCGGAGCCGUGCUAUUUUACAUAACGAAACGAUGGGUACUCGUCAAACCUUCCGCGGUGAAGCGAGCAUUCUACUCGAUUCCCUUUUAUAGCUUUCUGACAAUCGGUUCUAUCAUUAGUAAGUAUAAAUCGCUCUUUAGCAUGUCUGUAUACUAA